AUGCUACGAUGUUUGAGAUGCAAAAAUAUAACCCAGAACACGAGUUUACCAGUACACUUCUACCAGGCCUACCGACGAGUCUCUGGAAAACCAACUACGUUUUUCGACCGAAAUGUAAAGUCAUCACUACCACAGAAAAUAGCAACCUACAUCAACGACAAGAUCACGUCACUGUAUGACCAUAUAAUAAAUGAACCAGUACAGGAUCUAAUAGACAGAGUACCCAAUUUGCAUAACGACCUUCGACGAGCAGCGGAUACGGAGAAUAAACUUUCCACCAUCCUUUCAUAUGACCCUACUCAAAUUGAUCCGCAACUAUAUUACCAUUUUUAUGAGCCACCAGCAAGCGCAUCUACUGAAAGAUUACUUUUGAAACGAUUGUUGUUUCAUCAGCACUAUGCCAGUUGUUGGGCAUUGUUUAUGGGCAACUCGCUUACGGAUUUAGAUGAGUUUCUAAGAAAUGUGCGACGAUAUUUAUCAGUAAUGGAGAAUGACUUUGCAAUUUUAGAUUUCGUUAUUCAGAUGCCCGAAUUGGAUGGAAGAGAUAGCUACAGGAAGUAUAUUUACAAUGCACUUUAUGAAGUGUUCGAUAUUGACGCUGAAUUUGUGCAUCAGAAAUCAAAGGAGAUUGCAAACCUCUCAUCGAUUGCAGCGGUCUAUUCAUUCGCCAAAGAUGAUUUUAUUUCGCAAACUUUAUGUCUCAAAAGAAUCAUACAAAUAAUUUAUGGCGAAGAAAAUGGAAAUGAUGCCUCUAAAUAUGAAAUAGUGAAUCAGUUACUCAAGUUUCCCCAAAUUAUUCGACGGCCGGGAUGGUUGACAUCAGUGUUCCCAAGAUUUGAAAUGCAACUGACUUUGAAUGGAAACGAUAUUCCAUUGGAGAUUGAAGUUUUUACUGGGGCAGUAGAAGAAUUGCUUACAAAAAAGCAAUUGUGUGUCAACUUGAACAAUGCGGAUGUAAUAUAUAUGUUGCAUUCACAAGUUGACACAUUUACAAUUUUUCUGGCAUAUCGAUUGGGUAGAUCACAUGAGCGUAUAUCCAAUUAUCUUAUACAGAAACUUCUCGAUGAAGAAACUAGACUUGGAGAUGAAACUUACCAAAACUCCACUACCAAUUUUCAUAAAUUUAGAGCCGCAUUUUGGCACUGUGCCCAAGACUUGGAAAGACCGUUGCUUGUCAAGUGCAUGGACUAUCUAUUACCUCUUGAAACAAACUUUACCGGAUUAUUCAGUCAUCUCAACGAAGAAGAUCAAUGCGACUUGGCAUUGUCUUACAAGAACUAUACCCCUGCACAACGAGUGAGUCUUAUUGAACAUUUUCACCGCAAUCGGCUGUUAGCAAGACAAUUGAUCAAAUCAUUGAGCGUAUCUGACGACGUGACACUAAAAGACUUGAAAAAUUUAGCACGCGCUAAUAUCACUACUCGCAAAACGCUUCUUGAAAUUCACAGAAGUGUGCUUGUUAGAGCCCAUACCAUUGACGGCGAAAUUUUGUUAAGCAUUGUAAAUAAACUAUUAGCACUGAUUUUCAAGGAACCGGGAAAUUUCCAACACCUAUACUACGAGCUCGAUAAAAAGUACAAAAAACUGUUUCACAAUUCAUUUAGGGAAUUUGCUCAAGCAAUCUCAAUAUUGCCACCUAAUAAACUUGCCCAGACCAUGGAUGUUCUCUACGAGUCCAUACAAUCUGAUAGUUUCCGUUUUGGCAAUGAUGAGUUUGCCAAAACGUACAUAUUCAAAACAAUAUCGUAUGACGUUUACAGAUUUGUUGCACGUUUAGAGAACGGCGUUUCGACCCUAUGUGACACUAUGGAGAUGCUUCAGGGUCCAAAAAUGUGGAUCAAAUACUGGUUAGUCAAAAGUUUAGUGAGAAGCGAUUAUUCUAAUGCUUUCCAAUUGCUCAAUUACUACCACGAAACACCCACUGAAUUGACUGGAUACUUUGACGCAAUAGUGACUGGUAUUAUGAGAAACAGAAUUCAAUACAGUGUUGAUGAAAAGAUUUCUAUAUUGAAUGAUUUUUUGAAAAAAGCGAAAGAAUCGGGAUUUGCUUAUAAAAUUGGUAUGAGGUCGUGUUAUGAAAUUUUCAAUGCUAUCAAAGAAGGUUCGAGGCAUGGAGAGUUAGACCCAGAAACUAUAACCUGGUUGAAUGGGUUUGGAGAGAAAAACCGUCAUAUGAGAAGUUUGAUUCAAUUCAUGGAUAAUCGAAAACCGCGCAAAAAGAGGUGA